UUCUGGAACCUUCACAGGCCACACUCCUUUAGUCUGCUUAGGUCUGAUUAACCUGAGCCACAUAGUUCCUCUGUAACCCUCUGCAUGCUUGUCUACAAGGACCUCUGCCACAUCCAAGUUCAUACUGCUCAGAAAGAGUGAGCUUGGGGUGUUCCUUUUAUCUUGAUCUCCCUUUGACAAAGAAAUCCAGAUGACACAGAACCCUCUGAAGACAACACCUGAAAAAUGGCAGUCUUGGAAAUAACUUUGGCUGUCAUCCUGACUCUACUGGGACUUGUUAUUCUGGCUAUUUUAUUAACAAGAUGGACACGACGCAAACAAAAUGAAAUUGAUGUCUCAAGAUACAGUUCAGAACAAAGUGCUGGUCUUCUGGACUAUGAAGAUGGUAGAGAUUUUCCCUCUCAGAGAUCUAAAAGAGGAAGAGGAUUCCGACAUUUAUAUUCAACAGAAAGUGACACUUCAUAUGAUGAUCGAGAGGAAUCCAAAGGAGAUUACACACUGUCUCAAUCAAGUAUUGGUAAUACAAAAGCCUUCAAAGCAACUUCAGAACCUUUAUCAGGCAGUGCAGGACCCAUAACUGGAGCCAUUGGACCCAUAAUGCAAUUCACAGCACCAAUUCCUGGCGGUACAGGACCUAUCAAGCUGUCUCAAAAAACCAUUGUGCAAACUCCAGGACCUAUUGUGCAAUAUACUGGGCCCAAUGUGGAAACUUCAGAAAUGACCACUACAGAAUCCUCUUUGGAAUCAACUCCUCACACAAACAAGGGAGCAGUUCCACCUGCCCUCACUGGUCCACCACCUUCAGUGCACAGUGGUUUGCCCUUGGCACCAAUAAUGAUUUCACAAAGAACCUCAACAAGACCUGAGAAAUCUAAGAAAAGAGAAGAAUACCCAAUAAUUGGUCCAGUAUCAGCUGUGGACAGUUCUGGAAAAAUCACACUAACUCCUAUGGAAAAGACAACAGACUCCUGCAUUAAGACUCCAGAAUCCAGUGAGACGAUCUCAGGACAAACAGUUAAAACUAAAGAACCACUCAUAAAAACUUGUUCAACAUACAGCAGAAAAUAUUCAGCAACAACAGGAAAUAUUGAGAGCAUCCUCAAAAAAAAUGCACCACCUACUGGCAUGACUUCUCCUUCCCCUGGAAAAGUUGUAAAAUCUACAGCAAAAUCAGCUCCACUCUUAAUAGAUGGGAACAUAAGGGCACCCAAAGGAAUUUGCCCACCUCUACAGAGGUUUCAGCAGAUGUCCUCCAACAAAGAACACAAAGGUAGAGCUGUACCACUUCCCAGAACCAUUGAGAACAUUUCCAAAACUGCAUCAUCCAUUAGAUUUGCUGAACCAAUUGGUAAUUUGAAAGAAGAUUCAAAAUCAGAAGUAAAAAGUGGCACUAGAGAAGCAAGGAAUAUGACCCCAAAACAGGAUAUUUAUUUGAUAAUUCAGGGAGUCCCUUUACAAAAUAGCCAGAGUGGUCCUAAAUGGCAGCAGAAGCGAGGAGUAAGUAGCCUUGAGAAGACCUAUGAAAAGAGACAAAAACAGAAAACUGGAGUGAAAGUUGAAGAGCUUCCUAAGAAAACUCAGAGUAAAGAAGAGAGAAGAGAAACAAAGGACAAAAGAAAAGAUACUAAGAAGGGCAUGAAUAAGGAAAAAGAAAUAGAUAAGGUCCAAUCAAUGGAAGGAGGUGGUGAAAAAUAUAAAGGUGAAGAAGAAAGGAUGAACAUGGAAAAGAAGGGAGAUGAGGACAAGGAGGAUGAAGACAAGAAGGGAGAUGAAGGCAAGAAGGAAGACAAGGACUUAAAGGAGAAAAAAUACAAGGAAGAGGAAAAAAACAAAAAGAACUAUAAGAAAGGAUAUGAGGACCAGAUAGAGGACAAGGACAAGGAGGGAGUGGAAGACAAGACAGAGGACAGGGAGAAGAAGGGAGAUGAGAACAUAGAGCAAGGUGAGAAUGAGGACAAGGAGAGAGAUGGAGACAAGAUAGGGGACAUGGGCAAUAAUGGAUAUGAAGACAAGAUAGAGGAUAGGGACAAGAGAGAUGAAGACCAGACAGAGGACAAGUACAAGGAGGGAAAUGAGGACAAGACAGAGGAUAUGGGCAAUAUUGGAGAUAAAGACAUGACAGAUGAUAGGGACAAGAAGGGAAAUGGGGACAUAAGGGAAGGUGAGAAUGAGGACAAGGAAGAAGAGGAAAACAAGACAGAGGACAAGGACGAGGGAGAUCCAGACAAGACAGAGGACAAGUCCAAGGAGGAAGAGGAAGACAAGACAGAGGAUAUAAAAGGAGAUUCUAUGAAAAAAAAAAGGACAAAAAAAAAAGUGGGUAAAGAGGACAAGAAGAACAUAGACCCAAAAGAAGGUUAUGGAAAGAAAAUGGGCAGUAAAAAAAAAAGAUCACACUAAAGAAAAAAUAACACUAGAUUUCAUAAACUAAAAAAACAGAAUUGAAUAAUUUUGCUCUAACACAUAAACUUCAAAACUAGCUCCCAGUCUUCUAUGAUGUAGGUUAGAAUGAUACACUCCUUACAUUCUCUUUAGUCACAAAUUUUCUGCUCCUUUGCUUGUAAUCUGGAAGAAGAUCUUUCAGAGAUUGCUUCUAUUUACAUCUCUGUCUCAAACUUCAGUUUCCAAACACAAGUUUUCAAAAUGUAUGUUCAUUAUGAACCAUUGCUGGGAAAAUACAAUUAAGUAAAAAUUAAUUAAAACUCUGAUUAAAGCAAUGUAGAGUUA